AUGAGGACUCAGGCGGGCCAAUUGGGCCUGGACGAUAAUGACGUGCCCGGACCACUGCCGGACACAGACAGCAAACCCUCAUCACAGGCGCAAAAUGACACUUCCAUGUUUAAAUUGGGCAACUUUGAAAGUCCUGUGCUCAAGGAGCUAUCCCGGCGAACGGUAAACAAGGAGAUGGAGACACAGAGAAUUAUUACAAACGCGAUUGCGUUUGCGUUCUGGAACCUGUUGGUGAAGUUCAUUAAGUUCUUCGGGGACAACACUAAUGUUGGGAGGCAGUUUUGCAACAGGUUGUCUAGGAUGCAUCUGUACUUAUUGACGUUUCACUCCGUAAAGCAAGCCAACAUCAUAUAUCACUCCACGUUCAGUUGGCUGACGGCGGAACUUAUUGACUACUUGUUCCACCUAGUGAUCUCACUCAAUAUACUGUUUUCUCUUUGGAAGCUCUUAUCCACCGUCAAAGUUAGUGAUUUGAAGCUCACUGACAGGCAAAAGAGGCUUCUGGGCGUGGACAUACAGUCAUCCAUCGAUACUGGGUUGCAACCACAACAGCCACACUACGUGUCCACUUUCAAGACUCGCAAAAUGGCACAAAACAAAACGCAUAUUCCUCAAACAAACUCUAAAAAUCAUCCAGCAUAUCUUUUCAAAGGCCUAGAGACACCUUUAAAAGCAAGACAGAGGGAAAUGGCAGAGGAACAGACAAAACUACAAUCUCAUUCCUUGCACAUGAAGAGCGUCUUCGGCACUCUGCAGAGAGGUAACGGUACCAGUAACACAUUAUUGAGUCCUAAUAACGACAAUAACUCUCCGCAUACGCCUGUAACUAGAAAGGGCUACAUUCCAAGUAGUAAAUACGCAUACAUGAUGAACUCACAGUCUCCAAGGGGGAAAAUAUAA